GAUCCAAAAUCACCUCAAAUCAAAGCUCAAGCAAAUCGGGAAAGAAGAAGAAGAAAAACAUGGAGCGGGAACAUGAAGAACAAUCUCCGACCACAUCAUCGUACCCAGUGUUUCUGAAGAUUAUGAGCAAAAGAAGAACAUGGGUGUUCCUCUUCGUGUUCGUUUACGCCGUCCUUUUAGAUUCCUCAUGGAGCUUCCUCAAAUCAACCCUGUCUUGGUACCAAAACCAAAACCAAGCCCGAGAACCCAACGGAUGGCCCGCCGUUUACGCAUCCGUCCUCCUCGGAGGGGUUUUCGGGUUGCUAUCCAUGGCGGCGGCUCUGGCCGUAACGGUGCCCGCCACCUUGGUGACGUGGAUAACGGUGGUCGUCUUGCUCGCUUUCUUCGGGAAACCGAAGAGGGCGCUGGUGGUCGAAGGGAAGAAGAUCACGAGAGAGAUCGCCGGGUCUGUUUUCAAGACCUUGCUGAAAGAAGGCAACUUUGUGGCGGCUGUUUGUGCCGUUUUGGGUUAUUUUGCUCUUGUGAGGAACAAUAACGGCGAGGGAUCAAAUUGAAAAAAAAAAUCUGGGAAAGUUGGUUCGUUUUAAGACAUUGUUUGGUUCUUUUUCCCUUUCUUUUUUUAGAUAAUUCGACCUACCAGCAUAUAUC